AUGCUGGGUCAGCGCGAGGCGAAGGCGCUCGGGCGGAAGGAGGUGGCGACAGAGCAUCUCCUCCUGGGCCUCAUCAUGGAAGACCGCGCCAGCAGCGGCACCGCCAGCGCGAAGGGUUACCUUAACACCGGAGUAACCAUUGAUGGCGCUCGCGAAGCCGUUCGCGAAAUGAUUCGCGACGGCACGCUUGCGCCUUCCGAGGGGUCGGAUAAGCCCGCGUCGGAGGUGCCGUUCUCUGCGGGGAGCAAGCGCGUGUUCGAGGCGGCUCUGGAAGAGUCGCGGAAGCUUCGGCACAAUUUCAUUGCACCGGAGCAUCUGGUGAUGGCGGUGCUGAGCGUCGAGUUCGACGCUGCGGGGAAACUUCUUGAAAGGCUGGGCGUGCCCAAGGAGCGCGUGCGCGCGGAGGCGGUGGCGCGGCUGAAGGGCGAGCUGGCGACGGAGGGGCGCUCCACCGACUCCAUCUCGCUCUCCGCCAAGCCCUCCGCCGCCUCCGCCAAGUCCUCCCCCGACCCCGCCAGGGCCGCCGCGCUCUCGUCCUCCUCCAGCUACAGCAAGAAGGGCUCCAAGAAGGAGAAGAGCGCGCUCGAGGACUUCUGCACGGAUCUGACGGUGAUGGCGAUGACGGGCGACAUCGACCCGGUGAUUGGUCGCGACCACGAGGUGGCGCGCGUCGUGCAGAUCCUCGCGCGCCGCACCAAGAACAACCCGCUGCUGCUCGGCGAGCCGGGCGUGGGGAAAACCGCCAUCGCUGAGGGCCUCGCUCUGCGCAUCGCGGAGAAUGACGUCCCGGUGUUCCUUCAGGGCAAGCGCGUGAUGGCGCUGGACAUGGGGCGCCUCAUCGCGGGCGCCAAGGAGCGCGGCGAGCUCGAGGCGCGCGUCACGGGGCUCGUCUCGGAGGCCGUCAGCGCGGGCGACGUCAUCCUCUUUAUAGACGAACUCCAUACCGUUGUGGGGUCGGGUGCCGUGUCGCGCGGGCGCGGCGCGGGGGGAGGGGGCGGCGGCGGGCUGGACAUCGCGAAUCUGCUCAAGCCGGCUCUCGCGCGGGGCCAGCUGCAGUGCAUGGGCGCGACCACAAUCGGCGAGUUCCGCAAGCACGUCGAAAAGGACAAGGCUCUGGCCCGUCGCUUUCAACCGGUGGACGUCGCAGAGCCGUCGCAGGACGACGCGCUGCUCAUCCUGCACGGCCUGCGCCGCCUCUACGAGCGCCACCACAAGUGCCACGUCAGCGACGACGCGCUCGUCGCGGCCGUGCAGCUGUCGGCGCGCUACAUCCCGGACCGCUUUCUUCCGGACAAGGCCAUUGAUCUGGUGGACGAGGCCGCGAGCCGCGCCGUGAUUGACGGGUUCAGGAGGAACCGGCAGAGAGAAACGAGCGUGCUGCACCGGGGCCCGGAGGAGUACUGGCGGGCGAUCAGAGCGGCUCAGGCGGCGAUCAAUGCGGUGGAGGAGGUGCAGUCGCCACUGGGGUCAGCAGGCGGCCCCUCAGCGUUCCUCUCGGAAGACCCCAAGCCCUCUUCUUCUUCGCCUUCUGCCGCCCCUUCCUGGUCUCCCGCUGGCGAUGGCGACAGCCUGUCCAUCGGACCAGAGGACAUAGCAGCAGUGGCAUCGCAGUGGACGGGCAUCCCCCUGCAGCAGCUCACAGCGGACGAGCAGCGCCUCCUCUCUGCCCUCGAGCCCGCGCUGCACUCGCGCGUGGUGGGGCAGCACGAGGCCGUCAGCGCCAUCGCCCGGGCUGUCAGGAGAGCACGCGUGGGGCUCAAGGACCCCAAGAGGCCCACAGCUGCAAUGCUGUUCUGCGGACCCACUGGGGUGGGGAAGACGGAAUUGAGCAAGGCGCUCGCCCAGCACUACUUUGGCUCAGAGGACGCCAUGAUCCGGCUAGACAUGAGCGAGUACAUGGAGCGCCAUGCAGUGAGCAAGCUCAUCGGCGCGCCUCCCGGCUACGUGGGGUUCGGGGAGGGUGGCAAGCUCACAGAGGCCGUGCGACGCCGGCCCUUCUCGCUGCUGCUGCUGGACGAGAUUGAGAAGGCACACCCGGACGUCUUCAAUCUCCUGCUCCAGAUCUUUGAGGAUGGACGGCUCACAGACUCCCAGGGACGCCACGUGUCAUUCAAGAACACGCUCAUCAUCAUGACCAGCAACGUCGGCUCACAGGCCAUAGCGCGUGGAGGCAGCAAUAGGGUGGGGUUCCUGCUGCCGGGGGCGGACGAGGCGGACGGGGGGCGGUACGCGGGGCUCAAGGCGCUGGUGAUGGACGAGCUGAAGAGCCACUUCCGCCCUGAGCUGCUGAAUCGCAUUGAUGAAGUGGUGGUGUUCCGAUCCCUGGAGAAGGACCAGGUACGAGCAAUUGUGGACAUGAUGAUAAAGGAGACGUCCAUCCGUCUAUCAGAGCGCAACAUCAGGCUUGAGGUCUCCGAAGCGCUCAUCCAGCGCAUCUGUGAUGAGGGCUAUGACCGCUCCUACGGGGCGCGCCCGCUACGCCGCGCCGUCACGCGAUUGGUGGAGGACCCGAUCAGCGAGGCGGUGCUGUCGGCCAAUAGCGGCGGAGGGCUGGUGGCGGGUGGGAGCGUGUCCGUGGUGGGGGGCGCGUUUGAGGAGGGGGAUACUGCUCUGGCUGAUAUUGGGCCGGAUGGAGAGCCGUGGCAUGGAGGUGGUAUGGAGGUGGCAUGGAGGUGGUAUGGAGGUGGUAUGGAGGUGGCAUGGAGGUGGCAUGGAGGUGGCAUGGAGGUGGCAUGGAGGUGGCAUGGAGGUGGCAUGGAGGUGGCAUGGAGGUGGCAUGGAGGUGGCAUGGAGGUGGCAUGGAGGUGGUAUGGAGGUGGUAUGGAGGUGGUAUGGAGGUGGCAUGGAGGUGGCAUGGAGGUGGCAUGGAGGUGGCAUGGAGGUGGCAUGGAGGUGGCAUGGAGGUGGUAUGGAGGUGGCAUGGAGGUGGCAUGGAGGUGGCAUGGAGGUGGCAUGGAGGUGGUAUGGAGGUGGCAUGGAGGUGGCAUGGAGGUGGCAUGGAGGUGGCAUGGAGGUGGCAUGGAGGUGGCAUGGAGGUGGCAUGGAGGUGGCAUGGAGGUGGCAUGGAGGUGGCAUGGAGGUGGCAUGGAGGUGGCAUGGAGGUGGCAUGGAGGUGGCAUGGAGGUGGCAUGGAGGUGGCAUGGAGGUGGCAUGGAGGUGGCAUGGAGGUGGCAUGGAGGUGGCAUGGAGGUGGCAUGGAGGUGGCAUGGAGGUGGCAUGGAGGUGGCAUGGAGGUGGUAUGGAGGUGGCAUGGAGGUGGUAUGGAGGUGGUAUGGAGGUGGCAUGGAGGUGGCAUGGAGGUGGUAUGGAGGUGGCAUGGAGGUGGUAUGGAGGUGGCAUGGAGGUGGCAUGGAGGUGGUAUGGAGGUGGCAUGGAGGUGGCAUGGAGGUGGCAUGGAGGUGGUAUGGAGGUGGCAUGGAGGUGGCAUGGAGGUGGCAUGGAGGUGGCAGGGAGGUGGCAUGGAGGUGGCAUGGAGGGUAUGGCAUGGGGAACAGGACGCAUGUGGGGCACGCGGGAACAGGGGGGGCAGGAGGUUCACUGACCGGGAGGCGGGCGAGGUACAUGGCGGCGAAGGACAUGGGGCAGGGCUCGCAGGAGGAGUAG